AUGCCGCAAAAGUUGACCGUCGCAGUCGCCCAGGCCCGCACCGGCCCCUCGCUCUCCGCAACACUCUCCGCACUGGAGCGCAUCACUCAGAAUGCCGCCUCCCAAGGUGUAAGCCUCCUGCUCUUCCCUGAAGCAUAUCUAGGUGGAUAUCCCCGAACCUGCGACUUUGGGACUGCCGUCGGCGCUCGGGCACCUCAUGGCCGGGAGCAGUUCUUGCGCUACUUUCAAGAUGCCGCCGAUCUGGGGGAUACGCCGGCGGGUGCAGGAGAUGACUGGAUCGAGCGCAAGCUUCCGCUGGCCAAGGGGUCGGAUCGUCGAGGUGACGGGACACGCGAGUUCCUGGAGCGAGUCGCUCGUGAGACGGGGGUGUUUAUUGCAACGGGGGUGAUUGAGAAGGCCGGGGGGACAUUGUAUUGCUCGGCGCUUUACGUCGAUCCAACGGCGGGUGUAUUGGGGAAACGGCGAAAGGUGAUGCCGACUGCCUCGGAGCGUCUCAUUUGGGGCCAAGGCUCUCCAUCCACCUUGAAAGUCGUCACGACGGUACUCAAGGGCGUCAGGCUCACCAUCGGUGCGGCCAUUUGCUGGGAGAGCUUCAUGCCACUUCUGCGACAGAGUCUGUAUGCCCAACGGGUGAACAUUUAUCUUGCACCGACGGCGGACAGUCGUGAUACAUGGCUGCCGCUGAUGCGAACAAUCGCCGGCGAAGGGAGAACCUUUGUGCUGUCGGCAAACCAAUGCGUUCGGUAUCGUGAACUGCCCUCGUGGAUCACGGAGCAGGCGGACCAGCAAGGAACGGCUCUAGAAGGAAACCCUUACAUCUCUCGCGGAGGAUCUAGCAUUGUCGGCCCUCUAGGAGAAGUCCUGGCCGGUCCCGUAUGGGAAUCCUGUGUGGAAGAUGCGCUUGAAUCGUCUGGCUCGAAAAAAUUCUCCAGUGAUGAGGGUCUUCUGAUUCACGAGAUUGACUUGGAGGAUUGUGAACGGGGAAAUCUCGAUAUGGACGUCGCUGGAAGUUAUUCCCGAAGCGAGUUCAAGUUGACCGUCGACGGUCUUGAUUUGAACCCUCCUCCGUUCUGA